GGCGGGUUCCCCGCCGCGGCAGCGCUGCGCACCUGGGCUCAGCGCCGAGCACCGACGUGCAGCACCGAGGAGGAGUACCGAGAGGUGGAAGGCCCGAAGGAUGGCGCGGGAGCUGAGCCAGGAGGCCGUGCUGGACUUCCUCUGGGAGGCCGGGGGCCGAGCCCCCAACACGGCGCUGCUUCGCCACUUCCAGCGUUUCCUCCGCGACCCAGCCCUGACAGAGCCGGAGCAGCGGGAGCGUCGCGAAUACUUCAAGAGCCUCGUCAAUUCCCUGGCCACCGUCCACCCCGGCGCCACCCCCGGCGCCUCCAAGGACAUCGUCCUCCGCCGCAGGUACCGCGACCUCCUCGAUGAGGAGCUGCCGCCGCCAGAGGAACAGCAGCAGGAGAAGAAGGAGCCGCCACCGCCCCGACGCGACCCCGACGGGAGGCGCUGCCCCCAGGGGGAGGCGGUGGAGAAGAGCCACCUGGGCGAGGGGCAGCUCCAGAGGGCCGCCGUCACGGGGGGCUGUUCUGCCCGGGGCCGCGGCGGACCCUGCUGCGAGUGCCGCCGAGCGCGCCGCGCUGCCGCCGCCGCUGCCCCAACGCGCCCCGGGCAGCCACCCCGCGCCGGGCCGCCCCGCUCCCGUUCUCCUCCUCCCCCCACACAGCCGCCCCCCUAUCGGACCCGGCCGCUGUCCUCGGGCCCCUGGACGCUUCACCCCGACGGGCCCCCGCGCUGCCGGCCCCCGGCGCUGCCGACGGGUCCUGGGGCUCUGACCCCCGCCGGGCUGCCCCCAUACCAGACCCCACAGCCGCCCUCUGCCAGACCGUCCCGGUGCCGGUCCCCACCGUUGUCGCGGGGCCUGCCUCCCUCUGGGUCAGCCCCAUCAGGGUCCCUGCCACCACAACACCCUGGAGGGUCUGCCCCAAGCCGAGCCCUGCCACUGCCGCCGGGCCACGGGGUGCUGGACCCUGACAGGCCACUGCCCCCUGAUAGGCUGCCUCAGCCCCCGCCUCCCCCGCAGCUCCCCACCGGGAUGCCCCUACUGAAGGCUCCGCCACCCUCAUCAAGCCCGGGGCGGCGGCCCCGCAGCGGACCGUCCCAGUCCCCCCUGCUGCCAUCGGGCCCUAGAGCACUGUCCGCCACCGAGCUGGCCCUUCCCACCUCCCCACAGCCUCCCCUCCCCGAGGUACCCCCAUCCCGGUCUCUGCCGUUGCUGUCCGCCCCAGGGGUGCUGCCCCUGUCCCGGUCCCUGCAGGCGCUCCCUGCCAGCACCUCCUCAUCCCCACAGCAUCCAUCAGGCCCAAACGUGCUACCCUCCACCAGGCUGCCCUCGGCACAGUCCCGGUCCAUGCAGCAUCUCCUCACCAGUCCAGCCCCACUGAGGUCAUCCAGGGUGCUGGCCCCCAGUGGACCAACCCAACCUCAAACCCUGCUGCUGCACCCACGUCAAUCCCUGCCACUGCCAUCACAUCCUAGGGCGCUGCCCCCCACUAGGCCACCCCCAUCCCAGUCCCCACCACAGUGCUCCACCCAAACACCCCCUGCCAGGCCACCCCUGUCCCAGUCCUUAAUGAAAGCAGAGGGCCCCGCAGGGCCCCAAGCCCCAGAGAGCAACCCCCCAGCCCCGCCACCUAUCUUCAGGAGCAUCAGGUGCCAGCUUGCUUUGUUGGAGGCGCAGGACAGCCCCCUGUCGCUGCCAGAUGACUGCGGGCGGCAGCCCCGCGCCUUGCCCAAGAGCUCCCCUCGGCACGUCUCAGGCCGGGGGCUGCUGGUGCCGCUGGGGCAGCGGGAGCACACCUGGCUAGUGGCGGUGUCAGCGGGGCGCUGGGCGCGGGUGAGGGGGCUCUUCCUGGAGGAGCCGGAGCUGGCGCUGCAGCGGGACUUCAUGUCGGGCUUCACCAUCCUUCACUGGCUGGCCAAGCACGGCGACGGGCAGGGCCUGCAGGAGCUGGCAGCGGCGGCACAGCAGGCUGGGCUGGCCCUGGACGUGGACGCGCGGUCGGGCUGCGGGUACACGCCGCUACACCUGGCUGCCAUACACGGGCAUCAGCUCGUCAUCAAGGUGCUGGUGCUGCAGCUGGGCUGCCAAGUGCAGCUGCGGGACAGCAGCGGGCGCAGGCCCUGGGAAUACCUGGGCAGCGCCACCUCGGGGGAGAUCUGGCAGCUCCUGGAGGCUCCCCGGGGCACAAUUAUGUUCCCCACUCGGCCCCUGGCCAGCAGCGUGUCCUCUGUCAGCAAGACCUCGCUGCCGGCUGGCAGGGCAGCGCUGCCUGCCUGCCUCAGGCCGCAGCACGGCCGCGGGGCAGCAUCCCACCGCACUGGCAGCGAGAGUGACUGAGAGACGGCUCCCUAGGAUCCCCCCCAGUGGAGAUGGGGCCUUGCUGGCCACCGUGCAAGGGGAAGCCAUGCAGACAGGAAAUGCUGUGAAACAGACUGAACCUAUUGGAGAAUGUACUUUAAAUUAAUCUGAUGAACCGCUGUCUGAGCCUCUCUGCC